GCAACCAAUCAACUUUCUAAAUUUGUUAGUUUUACAGGACUGAACCAUUUGUUCGUUUGGUCGAGUUCGGUCUGAUUCUUUCUCUGUUCUUUUCGUACUCAGCUUUUCAGUAGAAGAAACGUGGAGUUUCUUGGGAGUAGUUCGAUGAAUUUCUUAGCAUGUUUUGUUCUAAUUUGUUUUUUUACUGUUCCAUUGGUUGAGGGUAGAGUUCGCCAUUACAAAUGGGAAGCGAAGUAUGAAUUUAAGUCUCCAGAUUGCUAUAAAAAGCUUGCUAUUACCGUCAAUGGAAAAACGCCAGGGCCGAGUAUCGUUGCUCAGCAGGGGGAUACAAUUAUUGUAGAGCUCAAAAACAGUUUGUUAACAGAAAAUGUUGCAAUCCACUGGCAUGGAAUAAGACAGAUUGGAACGCCUUGGUUCGAUGGAACAGAAGGGGUGACACAGUGUCCUAUUUUACCUGGAGACACAUUUGUGUACAAAUUUAUUGUCGAUAGACCAGGGACAUAUUUAUACCAUGCACACUAUGGUAUGCAAAGAGAAGCGGGGCUGUACGGAUCGAUUCGUGUAUCGCUUCCCGAAGGAGAAUCCGAGCCCUUUUCGUAUGACUAUGAUAGAAGUAUAAUCCUUACUGAUUGGUAUCACGCCAGCACAUAUGAACAAGUUGCAGGCCUCUCUUCCAUACCCUUUGUUUGGGUUGGAGAACCUCAAUCUAUUCUGAUACAAGGCAAGGGAAGGUUCAAUUGCAGUACACCAGGCAUUCAAGCAAGUCUUUGCAAUGCCACAAAUCCUGAAUGUACACCUUAUGCGCUGACAGUGAUUCCUCGAAAAACGUAUCGACUCCGAAUCGGAAGCCUAACAGCCUUAUCCGCGUUGAAUUUUGAAAUUGAAGGACAUAACAUGACUGUUGUUGAAGCUGAUGGUCACUAUGUCGAACCCUUUGUUGUAAAAAACUUGUUCAUUUACUCCGGUGAGACAUAUUCCGUCCUAAUUACGGCCGAUCAAGAUCCUUCUAGAAACUACUGGGCAAGUGCAAAAAUUGUAAGCAGGAAUAGCAAUACUACAAAUGGUUUAGCCAUCUUUAACUAUUAUCCGAACCAUCCACGACGAAACCCUCCAACGGUUCCAGCUCCCGGACCGCAUUGGAAUGACAACGAACCACGGCUGACUCAAAGCAUUGCAAUAAAAUCACGCCAAGGUUAUAUCCACCCUCCUCCUCAGACAUCUGACCGAGUAAUUGUGAUGCUCAAUACACAAAACAAUAUCAACGGCGUCCGCCGUUGGUCCAUCAACAACGCCUCGUACAAUCUCCCGCACACGCCAUAUCUCAUCGCACUUAAGUACAACUUUACCGAUGCCUUCGACCCUUCUCCUCCCCCUGACGGGUACGACUUUGCGAACUACGACAUUUACAGCGUUGCCAAGAAUGUGAAUGCCACUACAAGCACUGGCAUCUACAGAAAUAAGUUCAAUACAACGGUGGAUAUCAUAUUGCAGAAUGCCAACACAAUGAACCCCAACAAUAGUGAGACACAUCCAUGGCAUUUACAUGGACAUGAUUUUUGGGUUUUGGGUUAUGGCAAGGGCAAGUUUGACAAAACUAAGGAUCCCAAAAACUUCAACCUAGUAAACCCAAUUAUGAAAAACACAGUGCCUGUUCAUCCAUAUGGAUGGACUGCUUUGAGAUUUCGGGCCGAUAACCCGGGAGUUUGGGCUUUUCAUUGCCAUAUAGAGUCCCAUUUCUUCAUGGGUAUGGGAGUUAUAUUUGAAGAAGGUAUUGAGAAAGUUGGUCCAUUGCCCAAAUCAAUAAUGGGAUGUGGUGAUACCAAAGGCUUCCACAGGCCAUAGGACUUUUUUUUGGGGGAAACAUACUAAAAUUAGGGAUCAAGAUUGAAAAUUCCGAUUUUUUAACACUUUAUUGAAUAAUACGCCAAGAAAAAUACAAUUUUUAAAUAGUAACAAUUAUUGUAAUUUCUCAUAGAGCUGCAAUAACUAUUGACAAGUUUCAACUAUUGUAAGUUUUUUAUUUUUUAUUUUUUUCAAAGUAAAGUAACCGAAGUUCCAAUCAAUGUGUAAUUUCCUGGGCGUAUUUUUCAAUGAAAUGUUAAAAACCGGAGUUUUCCCUUUUUUUUCGUCUAAAAAACAGUGUAGGGCCUAAAUUCCUCUCUUUUUAGGGGUGUACAUGGUCAUUUAUCAUUUUUUCAGUUAUUCCUUCUAGUGUAGACGAUGUUAUUCUUUACCUAUUUAGAGUCAAUUUGUACUUAGAAAAAUUUAUAAGCAAUACAAGUACUUUAAAUUUUGUUGUA